GUGAGGAAGGGACUGGGCGCCAUGUUGGACACCAGGUCCCGAAUCCCCCCUGAAGGAAGGAGGCAGACCAGAUGGAGGAGUGGCGCGCGCCCACCCGAGCACCGCGCUUCCACCGUCCAAAACCAAGGCUCGCGCGCCUCCUUCCUCGCGCGUGUCCUCCCGUCUCCCGGCCGCGGACCCGCUGAACAUCACCGGCUCCGAACUCCACGGCGUUCCGCGGCACAUGGCGGCGCGCUGUGAUUGGCUGCAGCGGCCGUCAGUCAGGCGGUGGGCCGCACCCCUCCCCCCAUUCAACCAGUCGCCUGGCUGUUCCAGUGUGUUUACUACACUGCCGAGCAUAACGGGGACGCUCGUCUUCACAUGCACUGAGGGAGAAUAGCACUCUGUAGUUGUCCUGUCAGAGAGCCUCCGAGAGAUCGCCAUGCCCAAGAGGAAGGGAACAGAAGCCGGGGAGAAGGAGGAGCCCCAGAGGAGAUCUGCUCGGCUACUGGCUGUCAGGCUGGCGAGACCAGCCCCACCCAAGGCAGAGCCAAAGGUCAAGAAGGCAGCUAAGAAAGAAAAGGCCGUGAACGACAAGAAGGAGGACAAGAAGACUAAGAAGGCCAAGGAGAACGCAGAGGCAGAAGCCAACGAGGAAAACCACUCUGAGAACGGCGACGCCAAGACCAACCAGGUGGAGGCGGCUCCUGAAGAUGCCAAGGAGGAGGCCAAGUCAGAGUAGCAGCACUGGCCCAGCGCUCUCCUCCACAGCCCGUCGUCCUGAAAGCCCCAGUCAGCCAGCCAGCCCCUCCACCCCACCCCACCCCACCCCACCCCACCCCACCGAGUCUCACACGGUUUCCCUCCAAGGCGUAUUGUUAACAGAGGAAUAUUUUUAUCGAUGAUUUUAUAAGUAUCCGUACAGAUUUUUAGCACAAAUUUAAGCUGAGUAUGGAGCGCCUUGCAGAUUUGCAGUGGUCAUAUCAAGUGUCUGCAAGCAAGAUGAACACACUAAAAUCUUUUUUAAAUGGCAUUUCAUGAUUGUCGAAAGCUUGUUUGGUGUAGAAAGUGCGUCCCCCGUCGGAUUGGCUUCCUUGUGAGUUGUGUAUUCUUGUGUUUUUGCUGCCCUGAGCUCCCCUCUUCCACCAACUGCCCCCCCACACCCCUCCCAUGUUUUAUUAACGGUUCAUGUGGGUGAUUUCUUUGAGACCUUUUUAAUGUGCAGUGAGUUCCCUUCGCUUCUGUCCCACGCUCGUGUUUGAUUUUUUCCUCAUUGAAAUAGUGUUUGGAAAAAAAGAAGAAAAAAAAGAAGCGUGUUGUCCAUAAGAAAGAGGAAGACGAACAUGUGAAACAUUCCGGGAACAGUGAUGCCUCCGACCUGUCUCCUUGACGACCCUGCUUUUGACGAUUUCAAAAGAGAGAUGGAAGAAAAACCAAGUCAGCUCCAGCUCCAUCCACGCUGUCGUCUCAGCUUUUCUGAACGCAACAGUUUUUUUUUUGGAACUAGUGAAUUUGGAACUUUCUCACGACGCAGGUGUCCGGUCCCUCGCUUAUGUUCUGAAAUUCUCGUAAUAAAACAAAGUCCUGGGAAUUUUCCUCGAAUCUGCCUCACGGCUUCUUCCUUGCGGUC